GGACUGGUCCGCGGCAUGGCAGCCUCCUCCACUCUCGCUCCACCGGGGUUCCCCGCGGAGCUGCACGCCGGCAACCGGGAGCGGCUCGUCGCCGCGCUCCGCGCCCAGCUCUCCGCCUCCGCCCGCCCUCUCCGCGGCCUCGCGCUCCUCCAGGGCGGCGAGGAGCAGAAUCGGUACUGUACCGAUCACGCCGAGCUUUUCAGGCAGGAGAGCUACUUCGCCUAUCUCUUCGGAGUGCGAGAGCCAGGGUUCUAUGGCGCAGUCGACAUCGCCUCUGGACAGUCGAUUUUAUUCGCUCCAAGGUUGCCUGCUGACUACGCUGUCUGGAUGGGUGAAAUUAAGUCAUUAUCUCACUUCAAGGAUCGGUACAAGGUCGAUGUAGUGUACUAUGUUGAUGAGAUCACACAGGUUUUGCAAGAUCAAUUCAGUGAGCAUGGGAAGCCCCUCCUCUUUCUCUUGUAUGGAAAGAGUAGUGACAGCGGAAAUUACUCCAAGCCUGCUACUUUUGAGGGGAUAGAGAAGUUUGACACGGAUUUAAGUACGCUUCACCCGAUCGUAACUGAAUGUCGUGUUAUCAAAUCUGACAUGGAGAUUGCUCUCAUUCAGUAUGCUACUGAUGUUAGCUCAGAAGCACAUAUUGAGGUUAUGAGACAGGUAAAACCAGGCAUGAAGGAAUUUCAGUUAGAGAGCAUCUUUCUUCAUCAUGCUUAUAUGUAUGGGGCAUGUCGACAUUGCUCGUACACCUGUAUAUGUGCUACUGGAGAGAACAGUUCUGUUCUUCACUAUGGACACGCGGCAGCUCCAAAUGAACGGACACUGAAUGAUGGAGACAUGGCUCUAAUGGACAUGGGAGCUGAAUACAGUUUCUAUGGCUCUGACAUCACAUGUUCAUACCCGAUAAAUGGAAAAUUCAACAGCAACCAGACAAUAAUAUACAAUGCUGUCCUUAAGGCUCAUGAUGCUGUCAUUUCACACAUGAAGCCUGGAGUCAAAUGGGUCGAUAUGCACAAGCUGGCCGAAAAGACAAUACUUGAAUCUCUAGAGAAAGAAAAUAUUAUCCACGGUGAUAUUGGUGAUAUGAUGGUACAGAGGUUGGGUGCUGUUUUCAUGCCUCAUGGUCUUGGGCACUUGCUUGGAAUUGACACCCAUGAUCCCGGAGGCUACCCUGAGGGCUUAGAGAGGCCAAAGGAGCCAGGAUUGAGCUCCUUGCGGACCGCAAGAGAACUUAAAGAAGGCAUGGUUAUUACAGUUGAGCCAGGCUGUUAUUUCAUUGAUGCUUUGCUGAGACCUGCUAGGGAUAACCCAAUUUCCUCAAAGUUCUUCAACUGGCAAGAGAUUGAGAAGUACAAAAACUUUGGUGGUGUUCGUAUUGAAAGUGAUCUGUAUGUGACGGCACAAGGAUGCAAAAACAUGACAAACGUUCCACGAGAGACCUGGGAAGUCGAAGCGGUAAUGGCUGGUGCGCCAUGGCCUUCACGUGCUUCCCGUCCCACUGUGAUAACAACAGAGAAUGGCCUGCCCAAAGCCUGAGCGCUUACACUUCGCAUGCUACUGAGCGAAACAUAAGAACAAUAGUUAUGUGAAAUAUUGGGUACUUAAAUAAACAGUGAGCCUCUCACAGUCUCACAUGUUGGUUGUUGGGCUCGCAUUUGAUGAUCGAUUGACAUUUUAUAUGUUCACUUGUACAUCUGGUGCAUUUUUCCGCUCCAUUUUCAUCCCUAGGUAAGCGGAACAUAACAACAAUAAUUAUAUGAAAUAUUGUGUACUUCAAUAAACUGUGAGCCUCUCACAUGUUGGUUUCUA